AUGAGCGUGCGUGUUGUCGCCCGUAUUCGACCACUUCUGAAAACCGAAAUCGAAAGGGACCAGAUCGUGAGCAGCCACCCUGGUCCGGAUGGGAAGCCGACGAUUGUCAAGAUUCCCAACCCCAAGAACUUUGCCGAAGAGUAUAGUUUCCAGUUCAACAGCGUCUAUGAGCAAGAUGCAACGCAGCAGGAGAUAUUCGACGCCGAGGUUGCACCCACAGUCAAACAUCUCCUGCUCGGUUACGAUGUCACCAUCUUCGCCUAUGGCUCGACGGGGACGGGAAAGACUCAUACAAUGCGUGGCGGAAAGUCGCUGGCUGACCGUGGCAUGAUCCCGAGAUUGCUUAGCAGUAUCUACAGAAAGAGUCGGGCGAUUGAAAAGAGCAGUAGUGGAGAAACCACGGUCGAAGUGUCCAUGAGCUACUACGAGAUCUACAAUGACCGCGUCUUUGAUCUUUUCGAGGCGCCCGAGAAGCGAACGGCCACUGGAUUGCCCAUCAGAGAAGCUGAAGGUGGAAAGACGGUGGUCGUUGGUCUGACCGAAAUGCCUUGCGCCUCUUUGAAGGAUUUCGAGGUGUUGUACGACAAGGCCAAUGCCAAUCGAAGUACCGGUGCCACCAAACUCAAUGCCCAUUCCUCACGGUCCCAUGCCAUUCUUUGCGUCAAGGUGGCCAUCACCACUCCGACGGAAACGAGAAUUAGCACAGCUUCUGCCAUCGACCUGGCGGGUUCGGAAGACAAUCGAAGAACGGGGAAUGGAAAGGACAGAAUGGUCGAGUCCGCGAGCAUCAAUAAGUCCUUGUUUGUCCUGGCGCAGUGCGUGGAAGCCAUUAGCAAGAAACAGCAACGCAUCCCGUAUCGCGAAUCCAAGAUGACCAGGAUUCUCUCGCUGGGACAAAACAAUGGCUUCACAGUCAUGAUCCUCAACCUGGCGCCUGUCAAGGCCUUCCAUCUUGACACGCUCAGCUCCCUGAACUUUGCAAACCGGACCAAGAAGAUUGAGGUUCGCGAGGUGGAGAAUGAACCCAUCUUUAAGGGUCCUCCGCGCCAGGUCCCUGGCGCACCAGUCGGCGGGCCGACGAUGCAGCGGCAGCCACUUCGGCCUCUAACCAAUGUCGUCAAUGUAAACCUCACUGCACAUCGGGAUACAACCGCGAAAAAUGACAAACCACCGAAAGCCUUUGCGGUCUACUCGGACAAGACCAAGACGGCGACUAGUGCCAAACUUAUGCCUCAGAAGUCGUCUCCACUGAAACGCACGGCCGAGACGUCGUUCCUGGCAUCUGCUCGCCCACCCAAAAUCGCGCGCCCAACACCCAGCUUCAUCCGGCGUGCCCCAGAAUCUCAAGCACUGGGCAUGGAUAAAUCCUCGAUCGAGAAUCUGGUGGAGAAGAAAGUCUCCGAGAUUCUUGCAGCACGGGCUCUCAACGCACCCGACCCAGCUCCACAAAAGUCCAUAUCUGAAGAAGUUCAACGACGGCUGGACAGUAUUGAGAAGAGGCUGGAAGGGCAAGACGGUGAGAGGGCGGAAGGCUUAAGUUAUUUGUUCAUGGCCAAGCAGCAUCAAGCCCGCGGGGAGUUUGGGAGCGCCCUGAAAAUGUAUGAGCUGGCUAGGCCGUAUUUCCCCGACAACGAGAAGUUGAAGGGUAAGAUUGAACGGCUGAAAGAGAAGCUUGCAGCGAAAAAGGAGUCGAGCAAUACAGUGGGAGAUUCAGACGAGACGCUGGAUCCAUCAAGCAGAUCGGAAAAGUCGAAGACGUCCCGUGGGAAUGCUGAGGGUGAUGAAAGCUACCAAGAUGAGGAUAACGAGGGCUCAGCCUACCACGAUAGCGACCAAGACGAAGCCUUUCGGCCACGGCAGAGAAAACAAGCCAAGUCGCAGAAACGCAGAGCAAGAGCAUCAUCACCGGAUCCCCUCACGCAACAAGGACCGAUAGAGCCGAGUGCUGCGGUAACGCCUCGAACACAAUACCUCCUGAAAGUCAUCAACACCCGGGAUAUCAUGAAAAUCAAGACAUUGAACGGGCUUGGUGCAAAGCGUGCCGAGGGGAUCGUGGACUACCUCAAUGAGCAAGAAGGUGAAGGAGUCGAGGAUGUCUUUGUCCGAAGCUGGAAUGAUCUGGCCAAGUUGAGGGGGAUUGGAAAGAAGACGCUAGAGACCAUGAGGGAGGGUGUUCAGGUGGUCCUGUGA